AUGUAUUUCGACGAAUUGAGCUGGGAGCGAGUUAUGGACAUCUACGAAUUAGAGUCGGCGAGCGGUGUUGUGGUCAGUGUUGGCGGUCAGCUUCCUCAGAACAUUGCUCUCCGCCUCCAAGAAGAAGGCGGUGCCAAGGUUUUAGGUACAGACCCGAAAGAUAUCGACAAGGCUGAAGAUCGGCACAAAUUUUCCCAGAUUCUUGACUCCAUUGGUGUGGAUCAGCCUGCUUGGAAGGAGUUGACUUCGGUAGCCGAUGCUGAGUCUUUCGCGGAAAGUGUCGGAUACCCCGUCUUGGUUCGCCCAUCAUACGUUCUUUCCGGAGCCGCCAUGUCUGUCAUUCAAACACAAGCCGAUCUCAAGGACAAAUUAGAGUCUGCCUCUGCCGUUUCGCCUGAUCAUCCCGUGGUCAUCACCAAGUUCAUUGAAGGUGCUGAGGAGAUUGACGUCGAUGCAGUUGCUUCAAAAGGACAAUUGAUCCUUCACGCUGUCUCGGAGCAUGUAGAAGCCGCUGGGGUACACUCUGGGGAUGCAACCCUUGUUCUACCCCCCGUCAAUCUCGACGAGAAGGUGAUGGCCCGAGUAAAGGAGAUAGCCGAAAAGGUUGCUAAAGCCUGGAAUAUUACCGGCCCCUUCAACAUGCAAAUCAUCAAGGCUGACGCCCCUGGCGAGGAGUCUGUCCUCAAAGUUAUUGAAUGCAACCUCCGAGCAUCACGAUCUUUCCCAUUUGUCAGCAAAGUCCUUGGAACCAAUUUUAUCGACACGGCGACCCGGGCCUUGGCAGGUAAAGAUGUUCCGGCUCCCCAGGAUUUGAUGGCUCAAAAACGUGACUACUUGGCAACUAAAGUGCCUCAGUUCUCUUGGACUCGCCUUGCAGGAGCAGACCCUUUCUUGGGGGUUGAGAUGAGCAGCACGGGUGAAAUCGCUUGUUUUGGCAAAGACCUGAUAGAAGCAUACUGGGCGUCGUUGCAAUCAACAAUGAAUUUCCGUAUGCCGGAACCAGGUGAGGGUAUCCUCCUUGGCGGAUCAACUGAGCUUCCCGAACUUCCUCAGAUCGUCGAAUAUCUUCAACCUUUGGGUUAUAAGUUCUACGCCGCGAGUGAGGAUGUGAAAGGGCAUUUGGAGAAAUCUGGGGCCACGAUCGAAGUGAUUGAGUUUCCCACGACAGACAAGAAUGCACUUCGAGGAGUGUUCCAGAAAUACGACAUCAGAGGCGUCUUCAACAUCUCCAAGAGCAGAGGGAAGACGCUGGUGGACAAGGACUAUGUGAUGAGAAGGAAUGCAGUGGACUUUGGUGUCCCAUUGUUUAUGGAACCAAAGGUUAGUUUUCUUUAUGCCUUUUAA